UAUAAAGACAUUUCUUUCUUUUUCUCUCAGCAGAUUUUGGCUGGGUCGCUGAUUUCUCCUCCCUCUCUAUCUCCCCGGCUCAGUCGCCGGUGGACCCGGGUUCAAGCAUGUGGGAGCGCUCCGGGCAGCCAAAAGGGAGCGAUGGAGAGAGUUGGGUUAACUUCUCAAACAGGUGUCCCACAAUCCCACGCAGUUCCCAGGAAGUCUCCAUGGAAACAAGCCCCUCCCCUCAGACAGCCGUGACAUCACAGCAGUCUUCUAAGCAAACCACUGAUGUCCUUGUCGCAGCUCCUCCCAGCUCUCUGUCGCCCCCUGCCUCUGUGGAGGCCAAACGCACCCCCUCGCAAACAGAAUCUAAUCCUCCUACAGCUCCCCCUGCAGUCGAGGAGGGUAAAUGCACCGCUGAUAUAGAAUCUAAUUCCUCUUCAGCGCCCCCUGCAGUCAAGGAGGGUAAAUGCACCACUGAUAUAGAAUCCAAUUCCUCUUCAGCGCCCCCUGCAGUCAAGGAGGGUAAAUGCACCGCUGAUAUAGAAUCCAAUUCCUCUUCAGCGCCCCCUGCAGUCAAGGAGGGUAAAUGCACUGCUGAUAUAGAAUCUAAUUCCUCUUCAGCGCCCCCUGCAGUCAAGGAGGGUAAAUGCACCACUGAUAUAGAAUCCAAUUCCUCUUCAGCGCCCCCUGCAGUCAAGGAGGGUAAAUGCACUGCUGAUAUAGAAUCCAAUUCCUCUUCAGCGCCCCCUGCAGUCAAGGAGGGUAAAUGCACCGCUGAUAUAGAAUCGAAUUCCUCGUCAGCGCCCCCUGCAGUCAAGGAGGGUAAAUGCACUGCUGAUAUAGAAUCCAAUUCCUCUUCAGCGCCCCCUGCAGUCAAGGAGGGUAAAUGCACCGCUGAUAUAGAAUCGAAUUCCUCGUCAGCGCCCCCUGCAGUCAAGGAGGGUAAAUGCACCUCUGAUAUAGAAUCCAAUUCCUCGUCAGCGCCCCCUGCAGUCAAGGAGGGUAAAUGCACCUCUGAUAUAGAAUCCAAUUCCUCGUCAGCGCCCCCUGCAGUCAAGGAGGGUAAAUGCACCUCUGAUAUAGAAUCCAAUUCCUCUUCAGCGCCCCCUGCAGUCAAGGAGGGUAAAUGCACCGCUGAUAUAGAAUCGAAUUCCUCGUCAGCGCCCCCUGCAGUCAAGGAGGGUAAAUGCACCACUGAUAUAGAAUCGAAUUUCUCUUCAGCGCCCCCUGCAGUCAAGGAGGGUAUAUGCACCACUGAUAUAGAAUUUAAUUCCUCUUCAGCGCCCCCUGCAGUCAAGGAGGGUAAAUGCAAUGCUGAUGUAGAAUCAAAUUCCUCUUCAGCGCCCCCUGCAGUCAGGGAGGGUAAAUGCACCACUGAUAUAGAAUUGAAUUCCUCUUCAGCACCCCCUGCAGUCAAGGAGGGUAAAUGCACCACUGAUAUAGAAUUGAAUUCCUCUUCAGCACCCCCUGUGGCCAAGGAGGGUAAAUGCAGCCCUGCGAAACCAGAAUCGAAUACUGAAAAAGUGGUUAAAUUAAACCCAGGUAAUGUAGAAGCCUGUACAGCGCCCCCUACUGCCAAGGAGGUCAAACGCAGCCCCGAAACGAACAGAGAGACGCAGUCUGGCUCCCCUGCUGGCGAGGAGGGCGACCGCGACUCUGACAAAGCCGGGCGGAGCGGAGGGAGUUCGGGGGCCAAUCGGAGCCCCAAGAAAACGAAAAACCCGCCCACAGCGCCCCCCGCCUCCACAGAAGGGAAGUGCAGCAGCAGCAGCGGACCAGGGAGAGCGACCCCUGGUGGGGAGAGGGAGAGGGAGGAGGGGGCCGCUCUGCCCAAUGGGGAGAGAGAGGGGGGUUCCUCUCCGAGUCUUCCCAGCAUGCAGCGCUGCAGCAGCGAUACAGGAUCUUCAGCAGCUACCUCAGAUUCUCAGUCUGUCACUCAAACCGUUCAGGACCGCCCCCCGGCUGACAUCACAGAGAAAGCCACGCCCACUGAGGAGAAACCACCGUCGCACAGAUGAGCAUUGAAGUUAUCAACAGCAGAAUUCAAGAUCUCUCUCUCUCUCUUUCUCUCCCUCCCUCCCCCUCCUUCUCUCAAUCUACGAGUCACGAAGCAGGAAGAAGGGAACGAAAAACACAGGGAGGAAGACGAAGAAAAAGAGGAAGUAGAGAGAGAGAGAGGAAAACUGUGAAAAUAUGAAAUAUGUAAUAAAGCACUUGUCCUGAAAUCAGAGUUUAAGAAAAAAAAACAACAAACUUAUUUUUCUGUCUCCUUUUUGAUUCUUGUUUCCUUUUUAUUCUGUUCAAAAUAUUAAACAUUUCAAAGAUG